AACCUCUUGCCCUUCACUCUCCUCUUUAUAAACACCUACUCCCACUCCUCCUCCUCCCCACCACCGCCACCGUCUCCUCCACCGCCGCCGACCGCCGCCUAGAAACAGAAAGAUGUCGCCGGCCCACUUCGCUCUCUCUCUCCUCCUCCUCUUCCUCUGCCCCUCCGAUGCGUCCCUCGCUCCCCACCAGCAGCAGCAGAAACCCCAGACUGUGACCUUGAAAACCACACCCGACCCGCAGAUCCAGUACCACAACCCGAAGCUCCCGCCCCGGCCCCUCUCCCUCUCCUCCUCCAAGAAGUUCGAGGGCUCGUCGGACCUCGUCCAGCUCCGCUACCACAUGGGCCCCGUCCUCUCCAACUCCCCCAUCAACCUCUACGUCAUCUGGUACGGCCGCUGGGCCGCCCCGCAGAAGCUCCUCAAGGACUUCCUCCUCUCCAUCUCCCACGCCUCCACCGGCGGCCACCGCUCCCCCGCGGCGGCGAAGGCGCGGCCGCCGUCCCCCUCCGUGGCCGAGUGGUGGCGCACCGUGUCCCUCUACACCGACCAGACGGGCGCCAACGUGUCCCGCAAGGUCUUCGUCGCCGGCGAGCACGAGGACGCCGCCUACUCCCACGGCCGCUCCCUCACGCGGCUCUCCAUCCAGCAGGUCAUCGCCACUGCCGCGCGGGCCGCCCGGUUCCCCGUCGACCACCGCAACGGCGUCUACCUCGUCCUCACCGCCGAGGACGUCACGAUGCAGGACUUCUGCCGCGCCGUCUGCGGCUUCCACUACUUCACCUUCCCCUCCAUGGUGGGCUACACCCUCCCCUACGCCUGGGUCGGCAACUCCGGCCGACAGUGCCCCGAGGUCUGCGCCUACCCCUUCGCCAUCCCCGGCUACAUGGGCGGCGCCGCCGCCGGGGGGCCGAAGCCGCUUUCGCCGCCGAACGCGGACGUCGGGGUGGACGGCAUGAUCAGCGUGAUCGGGCACGAGCUGGCGGAGCUGUCGUCGAACCCGCUGGUGAACGCGUGGUACGCCGGGGAGGACCCGACCGCGCCGACGGAGAUCGGGGACCUCUGCGAGGGGCUCUACGGGACGGGCGGCGGCGGCGGGUACAUCGGGCAGGUGAUGAGGGACGGAGGAGGGCGGAGCUUCAACAUGAACGGCCAGCGAGGGCGGAGGUUCUUGGUGCAGUGGGUUUGGAGCCCCGUGCUGAAGGCUUGUGCUGGUCCAAAUGCUUUGGACUAAAUUUUUAAUUUCAAAACUCUCUCUCUCUAAAUUUAAAUUUCAAAACUCUCUCACUCUCUCUCUCUCUCUCUCUCUCUCUCUCUUUUCCAAAUUCCCUUUUUCUUAAAAGUGAUUUUUCCCCUUUUUUAAAAUUUUCUGGGCUUUUUUUUUUUGAGAUAAAAAAAAAAAUGGGUUUGAGGAGAUUGGAGGAGGAGCAUCAUGGAGGAGGUUGGAGUAGAAGCUUGAAGAAGAUAGGAGAUGAGAUAAAUUUCUAUUUUUCUUUAUCCCCUGAUUUUUUAUUUCCUUUAGCAUUUAGAAUUUUUACUUAGAUGUAAAAAUUUCAUGAUAGACGCUUUAUAUAUAUUAUAUAAAUAUUAUUUUAUUUCUUUUUAUAUUGUACAUGGCUGAGUGAAACUUGUAAGUGGAUCUUGUUAGCUUUGAAAUCUUGGGAUCUUAACCUUUUUUUAUCAGCAA